GUUGAGCCCUUGCUUUAGCAUUCAUUGCUAAAUCAAGACCCCUUUUCAAGAUAUGUAUGUAAUGUACAAUGUACAAUGUACAAUGUACAGCGGCGGGAACAGCUUGUUGUGGAAUGGUGCGCAAGUGCCCUUCUGUCUUGGCUUGGGGCUUUGGGGGAAAAAGAAUAUCGAGGGGGGUCAUCUUGUCGAAGUCGUGUGUUAACGGCGGAGUUAACUAACGUGCUUCAACUAGUUACGCUUCUUGAUCAAUUUGUAUCACUUCACUUAUUAACUACGUAGGCUUAGUAGUUAGGGGGAAUUAUCCGGUUUGGCUUACAAAGUCACUUCUGAGAGGAGGGGGAAAGGAGGGGUUGAAUAUAAAGACUAUAAAUACUGAACGACGAUGCUCCUGAUUUCAAUAUUCAAUAACAAUAUAACAAAAAGAAAGAACAAAAAACACAAGAUACAAUUUCCAUUAGAAGCCGCCGCUUGUCUCCUUCUCUCACUCCAUCCAACCAACAUUUCGCAACCACAAAUCUUCUGCAAGUUUGAUUUGAUUGAACCUCUGAAUUCGAGCAAAUCCGCCCUCUUGUCUAAUUACUCCGUACUCUAAUUACUAGCUCUUUAAAGCCGAAACAAUGUCCGCCACAGUCCAAGGCGAUUACGACCCCGCCUUCGCCCCCGUCAAGGAGCUUCUGCAGAAAUUCAUCGACUCAAACGAAGAACUCGGUGCAUCCAUCGCAGUCAACAUCGACGGGCGCGAUGUCGUAGAUAUCUGGGGUGGUCACCGCGACGAAGCCCGCACGACGCCCUGGACCAGCGACACCAUCACAAACGUCUGGUCGACAACCAAGACCAUCACAAAUCUUGCCGCCCUGGUCCUCGUCGACCGCGGCCAGCUCGACCUCUUUGCCAAAGUAGCCACCUACUGGCCCGAGUUCGCCGCCAAUGGGAAACAGGACAUCGAAGUCCGUCACCUGCUCGCGCACACCUCCGGCGUGUCCGGCUGGGAAGUACCAUUCGAGCUAUCAGACAUGUACGACGUGAAGAGCGCGACGGAGAAAUUGGCGACCCAGAAGCCCUGGUGGGAGCCAGGGACGGCAUCCGGCUACCACGUGCAGAACCAGGGCCAUCUGGUGGGCGAACUGGUGCGCCGGGUAACGGGGAAAUCGCUCAAGCAGUUCGUCGCUGAAGAAAUCGCAGGCCCGCUGGGCGCCGAUUUCCAAAUCGGCGCCAAGGAAAGCGACUGGGGACGCAUCGCUGACGUCGUGCCCCCGCCUCCUCUCAACAUGGACUUCUCCGCGCUUCCUGCCGACAGCCCGGCCGUCAAGUCAUUCAUCGGCCCAAUAUCCAAAGCCGAGGCAGCAAACACCCCGGAGUGGAGGAGGACGGAACUCGGCGGCCUCAACGGCCACUCGAACGCGAAGGGAGUCGCUCGCAUGCUCUCUGCCAUAUCUCUCGGGGGUGGCGAGAUUAACGGUGUGCGACUCCUGUCGCGAAAAACGAUCGAUUUGAUCUUCCAGGAGCAGGCCAACGGCACUGACCUUGUACUCGGCAUCCCGAUCCGCUGGGGGAUCGGGUUCGCGCUACCACUGGAGGGGACGGGAGUGUCUAUGCCCGAGGAUGCGGCAAAGGUCUGCUUUUGGGGGGGCUGGGGUGGGUCGAUUGCCAUCAUGGACGUCCAGCGUCGGAUGACGAUCACGUACAUGAUGAAUAAAAUGGGGCCCGGUGUCAUGGGCUCAGGACGUAGCGAGGCCUAUCUCAAGGCGAUAUACGCUGCCCUUGCAUCUCUGUGAAUGAAAUGUUUUCUUUGAGGGAUUUCAAACGACUCUCUCUGUAUGAUUGAUAGGGAUGUAUGUGGAUAUUCAUGUGUAUUUAAUGUGAGGUAGUGAUAAAGUUCGAGUACGAUCAUUUGUUGAAGAAGCGAAUUAAUGAAUGACAUAUAUAGUUAUCAUCCAUGUUAACAACAAAUUGCCCCUUGCCAAUCGAGGAUUUAGCGGUGUAAGGAUACAGACAGAUAAAAUCACCAACAUGCAAUUGUACCCUCAUUACAUCUAGAAUGGUGUGUUUUUUUUUUCUUUUCAGCGGGGCCGUAGAGAGCAGUUUGCAGAUCAGUGUGUCUGUCUGAUAAGAGUCUACCAGCUUAAUUUCCAACCAGCAGUCUCCGGCAAAUACAUUCCACCCAUGUAAUGUACAUACAUACCAUGAUAUACCUGUAUGUCGCGACGGAGGCCAGCUCAAAUUCUUUGCUGCUACGCGCGCGCCGUAGCUCCAAUGCUGGCAUCUUGCAGAGGCGCCUGUGUAAUCUCACAAAUGGUCCUCAGGCCAUUCAUUCUUCAGCUGGUCGAUAUCGUUGAAGCGGUG